CUUUAUGUCAAUGAUAAAAUAAAGGUAUAGUAACAGGCAGUCCGAAUUUGGAUCUGAAAGUGUUGUUCUUGGCAUAGUUGACCCAAUUCUCUUUUUCUGCUGAGUUUGUUUGAAGCUCCGGUGAUCUCUUUCUUCUCCGGCGAAAUCUACAUCUAAGUAGCUUGGAAAAAUGUCAGGGCAAACCAACCGUUUGGUUGUCGUCCCAACAGUUACGAUGCUUGGAGUUAUUAAAGCUCGCCUUGUUGGAGCAACAAGAGGCCAUGCUUUGCUAAAAAAGAAAAGUGAUGCUUUGACUGUGCAGUUCCGUCAGAUUUUAAAGAAAAUAGUAUCAACAAAGGAAUCGAUGGGAGAUGUCAUGAAAAAUUCCUCAUUUGCUCUGACAGAGGCCAAAUAUUCUGCUGGUGAGAACAUCAAGCACGUUGUCCUUGAAAAUGUCCAGACUGCUACUCUGAAAGUUCGAUCACGGCAGGAAAAUAUUGCUGGGGUGAAGCUCCCCAAGUUUGAGCACUUUUCUGAAGGAGAGACCAAGAAUGACCUGACUGGAUUAGCUAGAGGUGGGCAACAGGUACAAGCCUGCCGUGCUGCUUACGUGAAAUCUAUUGAAUUACUUGUUGAGCUAGCGUCACUGCAAACAUCAUUCUUGACUCUCGAUGAGGCAAUCAAGACAACAAAUCGGAGGGUCAAUGCCUUGGAGAAUGUUGUGAAGCCUCGGUUGGAGAACACAGUUCUUUACAUCAAGGGGGAACUUGAUGAACUGGAAAGGGAAGACUUCUUCCGUUUGAAGAAGAUACAAGGUUACAAGAAGAGGGAGGUAGAGAAACAGAUGGCUGCUGCCAGGCUAUAUGCAGCGGAGAAGUCUGCUGAAGAUAUUUCUUUGAAGAGAGGUAUUUCGCUUGGUUCAGCCCAUAACUUACUGUCCCAUGCUUCACAGAAAGAUGAUGAUAUUAUAUUCUGAUGUGGAGGUCAGCUUUUAUUAGUCACGUUUGUUGUCAAAUAUAGAUGGAUAAUAUUAUCAGAUGGAGAGAUUUUUCCUGUUUAAUAAGAGCUCUGUGCAUGUUUGUACUUGAUGAACUCUACGGGGAGCUGCCUCAUUGGUUAGUUUUGUGUGCUUUUUUCAAUUUUUUGAUUCAGUGACAGUCUUUUUUACCUGGAGAGCUGUUGGAUGGAAAUUUUAUUUUUGAAUAUUUUGCAUAAGCUUAUCUGAUAUUUCUUGUCUCAAAAUUGUGUCAUGUAUUUAAUAAUAUUAAUUCUCUC